AAUACCAUACAACAGUACCAGGCAAUUCCUGUUAUUGAUUAACUGUGAUCUGUGUAUCCUUGGACAGUUGAUUUGAGGGCAACUGGACUUGCCCUCAAUUCAACCCUCCUUGGAUAACCAUGACCUGAUCGACUGAGAGUCUUCACAGACAUUUGUAUAUACAUAUUAGCACAUGUAAUCACUACAGCUGCUUUUCCACAGUCAUUUCUUACCAUGAGUUUUAUUUCAGGAUGUCUAAACUUGAACGUCUGAAUGCCCGUGUGGCCAAGUUGCUAACUGAGGCAGUGCAGGAGGUUCUGGAGAUGGUGAAGGAGACGGUGUCAGAGUACCAAGAGAAAACUGCCAGAACACAGAGAGAAAACGAGAGUCUGAAGAGGAGACUGCAGGAGCUCCAAGAAAAGAUAUCAAAAGAGAGUGCACCUGUUCUACCUGCAAGUGGUCAAUUUCCUGAAGAGAAUCCAGAGAAUCAAGAACAGGAUUAUGGGCUCUCUCUGCAGCAGAACUCCGAACUCGCUCUCACAGAGCAAAAACAUAUAAGCAACCACAGUCCUGAGCAUGAUGUGAAGCAGAAAUCUGAACUGGAAAGUAACACUGAAUCACAAGCUGAGUGCAACUUGGCACAAACAUCAGUAGAACAUUGCAAAGAGCAACCAAAAGAGGAGGAACAAAUUACUGAGGAAGCAAUGACUGUCCACACAUCUCACAACACAAAUAAUGUGUGCACCUCUCACUCCACUUCCACGCUUGGGAUAAACCUGGCUGUUGUCAAAAAGGAAGUGGAGCCAACAGACUGCAUGACAUCAGAACCACCAUCUUUACAAGAACGUUACAAUGACUGCGUGGAUUUAAGCUGUAACUCCUCUCGUCACAACUCUGAUGGAACCCAUAAUUCACAAGUUAGUGCUGAACCUUACGGACUUGUCUUUGUCCGCUCAAAUCACACCAUAUCGAGGAGGCAUUCAUAUGCCAAAAGUAACAGGACUGCUUUUGAAGGGAGAAAAAUCAGGAUGGAUCACUUCAGGACAGACGACUCACACGUGUGUCUUGUUUGUGGAAAGACGUUCAGCAGGGUCGGUAACUUGAGAAUCCACCAACGAUGUCACACAGGCGAGAAGCCGUACGGCUGCGUACAGUGCGGGAGGCGUUUCAGUCAGGCUGGAGAUCUGAAAAAACAUAAGAGGGUCCACACAGGGGAGAAACCGUACUACUGCAGCCAGUGUGGAAAAAGCUUCAGUCGGGGGGAGAAUCUGAAAAGACACCAAAAGGUCCACAUCGGAGAGACGUUACAGUUGCAGCAGGUUUGGAGCGAGCAGCAGUAGAGAUCACUAUACUGGACUCACUGAGGUUGUGAUGACGCUGUGAAGUUUAAGAAGUAGUUGCAGGGUAUUUAAGUUAUAAGCUACUGAAUAUAUUAAGAAGCUAGUCUCUUGUAACUCAUCAAGAAUUGUUACGAGGAGUUUUUUAUGGUUCGGGUUUGUAUACAGUUGUGUGCUAAUUAUGCUUGUCCUUUUGUCCUUGCAACCAUAAUAAAACUGUAGUAGAUUAUCACUUACCAAAUAGGCUAGCACUGUACAGAUAGAAAUGCACUAAUACAAAGGCAUACUGUCAGUAUUAGUUUUGCUGACACGAUUGUGUCUUAUUGUGGAAAGAUGUGUGAUUUCACUAAGAAAAGAGCCAAAGAGUCAGAUAUCUCAGCUUCAGGUGCAGUCACAUGACGUUUCAUCCAUGAGUUUUUGCUCCGUUCUUCAUUCACUUCUAUUGAAAGUCACCUGAUGGACAAAUUCAAGCACCCUUGCCAUGAUUUGGUGCCGUGUCCAGCAGGCUGUAGAGGAUUUGCAGGUCAGAGUUCACCUUUGUUCAACUUUGAUCCUGUCGGAUGUGCUCUUUCAGCCAAUAGAAACACUAUUGUUAAGUAUUAUUUUUUUCCAUCACCAGUUUUAGUAGAUGAUCACUGCCAGACUGUAAACUGUUGCAUCACUCUCAUUAAUUAUUACUCACAUCACAUCCUUUUUUUGGAGUGUGUGGAAACGUCAUGUUAGCACACCUUUAGGCUUAUAGAGCUUCAUCCCUCACAGAGGAUCUAUGAGAAUAAGCAGCUGAGUUGAAUUGAGUAAAAGCAUUUUUGAAAUUUAGAAUAUCUCAGCCUCUGCUUCGGAUAUUGCCUUUUUUUAUUAUUGUUUUUUUAAGUACCUGAAACAGUACAGUACUAAAUGAUGGAAAUACUCUAUAAAAAAUGAUCAUUAUCAGUUAUAUAUCAAUAAUAUGGAAUAGGAAAAUACUGGUUACAGACAAAUGCCAUAAAAAGCCAUAUUGGUGCAUCUCUACUUUACAGUAGCUGGUGUACUGUGACUGUGUUUCACCUCUUGUAACACUUCCUUUUGCCAUGUACAGAAUGACUCGUGUUUAAUAAGUGAAUGCUAAAGACAGUGAUUGAAACUCAUUAAUAUUUCUUAAAUAUCACUAGCAUGAUUGUGAUUAAAAUUGCCUGAUUUUCCUGAAUGACUGAAACUUGCUUUCUGCCAGAUGUAUUUAUUGCAACAUUUUACGAUAUUUUGUGGCUCAAGAGAAAUAAAUUAAUUUAUU